UCGAACUUUUUGUUCUCUAUCAGUUUGUGGACCAACUUAUUAUACAUAUUUUACACAACCUGGGGUGUAACGCUCACUCCCCCUCUAACAUGCCCCUCUCGUCACCAUUCCUCUUACAAAUUAUUCAUUAACUAAUGAGCGUGAUGAGUUUGCGCUCAGCUUAAAAUAUUUCAUUGAAACUUGAUAAAUAACGAUCUAUUAGAUAAAAAUUACAGCAUGUCACGUAUAUAUCAGUAAAACAAUAUAGGGGUUAGUUCAAGUAUGGUUACCUUGGUAAAAAUAAUAAAUAAAUAUAUUUUGUAGACCCCCAGCAGAACCAAUUUAGUAAUAAAUUGCGCGGGAAAGUCCCUGGGCCUAGUCCUGGGAAUCGUAGCGCGCGUAAUUAUUUCAACCAAUCAGAGUGCAAGUUCUUUCCCCACCGCGAAGCUCAGUUGUCGGGGCUUCCAUCAAGACUGGAGUAACGAAAUUUUCAUUACAAAACCGACCAAACUUACCUCGAAAAUAGAAAAGAAAACAUUUUAGAGUCAAACUUUACACCAUUGCACAUGAGCGAAACUGUAAAGAAUUGUUGAAUGUCUUACAUUAUAGCAAAAACUAUUUGCGAUUUUUCUAUGUGACUUGGCCAACCUCAGCUCAACAAAGUCUUGACGUUUUCAAGCAGGGCGAAGAUUGUUCAUGACAAGUACGGCCAGUAUCUGGGUUCUUAAAUAUUUGCUACGGGGAAUUUUACAUUAUCAAUCAUUUUAAACUAUCUGACUUGUAUGCAUCGGUCGUCGUCUACUCAUGACUACUGCGAGCGAGAAUGAGGGAAAUCCUUGGAAAGACCACGAUAUUGGCAUAAAAUCGAUAGAAAACGGUACUACUGCUUUACAAAAUGCUUCAGGGCCUUCACAAGACAAAAAUGUUAAAGUUUUUAUAAAUGGUUUAAAAAGAGCUCCCGAUACUAAGCCGCAUCUUUCACAGUUGCAGGUUAUGUCAAACAUGUCUAGUAAGCAAACUCAACCUGUUGGCAUGGUUGAACCAAAAGUUGAAGUUGUUGAGCAACAAUUUACAAGUCCAACUGUAAUUUCUACCAAACUUUCACCAAUGAUUUUACCAAAAACGGUACCAACAUCACCAAUGGUAUUAGGAACAUCUUCACCACACACUCAUAUUAGUGUAACUACUCCUCAACAAUUUAUUGUUGCUUCACCUGCUGGAGCUUGGUCCAGUGGUGAAAGCUUCUCUGGUGGGCGUAAAAGAGGAUUAGACACGGAUGAAUCACCUGAUAAUGUUGAAAGAAAAAAGCGUGGUAAACGAAUACUUACUGGCCCUAAAACUCCUAACGAUAAAGUUGGCAAAGGAUUACGUCAUUUCUCGAUGAAAGUUUGUGAAAAAGUCCAACAAAAGGGAACGACAUCUUACAACGAGGUUGCUGAUGAACUUGUGCAAGAGUUUAGCGAUCCUGAAAAACACGCAAGUCCUGCUGAGCAGCAAUAUGACCAGAAAAAUAUCAGAAGGCGAGUUUAUGACGCUCUCAAUGUCCUUAUGGCGAUGAAUAUUAUUUCAAAAGAAAAAAAAGAAAUCAAAUGGAUAGGAUUACCGACUAACUCAGCUCAAGAAUGUCAACAUCUCGAGGCUGAGAGAGCUGAAAAAGUAGCAAGAAUCAAACAGAAAACCACGCAACUUCAAGAGUUGAUAUUACAGCAAAUUGCGUUUAAAAAUUUGGUGAAAAGGAACAAAAAAACAGAGGAAGAAAAAGGAGUACCUCGUUCCGAUACAACAAUUCAUCUUCCUUUCAUAAUCGUGAACACGAGCAAGAAAACCGUCAUCGAUUGUAGUAUCUCUAAUGAUAAGUUUGAAUAUCUAUUUAACUUCGACAACAGAUUUGAAAUUCAUGAUGAUAUCGAAGUUUUAAAACGAAUGGGAAUGGCAUUUGGUUUGGAAAAGACAAAUUGUAAAGAAAGUGAUGUAGAAAUUGCAAAGACUAUGGUGCCAAAAGCGUUAGAACCUUAUGUUACAGAUCUUGCUAAGAAUGGGCCAUGUGGUUUAGGAUCAACAGGAAUUACACCUGCAACUCCAACAAAACCAACCUCUCCACGUUCAUCCAGUGUUCACACACCUGUGAAAUCAUCACCAUUAGCAAUACCUGGCAAGUCAAACCCUAUUGUGAACGGAGUAAAAACACCCACAGGACCAAGGGCUACCACACCUUUACUUAGUUCAUGUCCAUCGUCACCCACAGGUACACCUCAUACUGAUUCUGAAUCAUCACGUGAUGGAUUUGGUGAUGGUGAUCGUACAACCAAGUAGUUUAUCAUUGAUGCUCUGAAAUAUUUUGAUUCAGUAACAUUUUGCAUUGAAUCAUGAAUAAUGGUCAUAAACGAGGAUGUAACCACUAAUUUAUGAAUCUAACAUGGUGCUCCCAACCUUUAGUGGUAUUUGUAUUUAGGAAAAUGGGAUGCGCAUAUAAAGUGCAUUGGUACAGAUUUCAUUCUCCCAACUAUUCUCCUGGAGUAUUUUGUUGCGAGAGUAAAUUGACGAACUGUAUAUGUCAGGCUCACAGGCUUAGUGUUAGCACUUGUCUCUACUGUAAUAUUGCAAUGAGGUGCCCUUAGUUGAGUUCACUAUGAGUGAUGUUACUUGAACAACAUUGCCAAUAUCACUUGAAAUAACAAAAAACUAUAUUUUCUGCUACAUGCCUUUUGACAGAUUUCAAUCAUAAUAAAGCUAAUGGUGCUUUCAAAACUUACAAAUCAUAAGAGAUCGCUAUUCAUUUAUUUAACUAGAAUCAUUUUGUAUGAGUUUGUCAUUUACUUUCAAAUGCGUUAUUUGAAUCCAGCUGUUUUUUAUUAUUGUACAGUACGUUCUUAAACAAUACCUUAUGAAACACCAAAAUAUGAUGAUUUUUGCUGAAACAAAUAUUGUGCAUAAGGUACACAUCUACAAUUGACAGUUCAAUACAUUCUUGCAUUGCAAUUAACUGAGGUCAUUGCAAUUAACUGAGGUCAUUGCAAAGGUCAAACAAGUUGAUCAAACACAAAAAGUAAUCAUAAUGUUGGUGGUGUAUAUUUUUAGUUUGAAUAUAGUGUGAUUAAUUACUACAUAUAUAACAAAUAAGUCCUUUGUAGAUGUUUAAAAGGAAGUAAUUGACUUCUAAGUCAUAGUUGUUGACUCAGGCAAAUACUCUUGUAAAUUAUGAAAAUACCAAUAAUAAUGUAGCCUAUCCAUGGUGUUUUAUUGAAUUACAUAUCGACACAAGUAAACCUCUAUGUUUGAAUAUUGUGUCCAAUUUUAUAUAGUAUAAAUAAGUACAUAUUAUAACUCCAAUCUAUAUUCAGCUACAUGAAAAGAUUGAUCUGCAACAAAUAUACUAUCUUUUACAAAUGAA